AUGGGUAAUACUAUAUCGUGUGGAGCUAAGGAAAGUUACUCCCAACCAACCUCAUAUGAGGAGAAUGAUCCACUCCGUAAUGGUAUUGGUGCUGCUGCCGCUGAUACGUUACAGAGUGACGAUGAUGAUACCCCUGCUGAUGGAGGACACGGGUUAGUAGAGGAUGACUUAUCGUCGAAGGGUAUAGAGGAAGUAAGGAGUGAAGGUGGUUCUCUAUUACCCCGACCCGACGUAGAUGAUACCCCACCUGAAGCCAAGUUUAUGGCCUCGGACACUGAGGAGACCUUGAGACUUAGAGCGAGAUACGAGGCAGAGUUUGUUAGAAAAUUCGAUACUGUCCGGUUACCUCCGGGUGAUAUCUAUUACAUUGUGUCCACCAAGUGGAUUGAUUCGUGGAAGCGUUUUAUAUCCGAGGAGAAGGAACUCCCUGGCCCAAUAUCCAAUAAUCUGCUAUUUCAUGAUGAUCUCAAGACAUUACUACCACGGUUCGUACGUUCUAAGGACUACCGAGGGAUAAAUCAAAGGAUAUGGUCCUUCUGGCUUGCACGUUAUGGUGGUGGCCCCCUCAUCACUAGAUUCACUCUAGACAUCUAUGAUCAUACUGGUGAAUCACCAUGCAGGGACCUUAAUCGUGUUUUGGACCCUGGAACUAUAGUACCCACUUCAGUGGCCUCUACUAGUCCAGCAGCAAUAGAUAUCACGACGAAGCCGGUCGGUAUCAAGAACCUUGGGAGUACUUGUUUUGUGACCUGUGUUCUGCAAUGUAUGCUGUCUAUUGCUGAGUUCACCUGUCUAGCAUCCCAGAUGAAGAGAGGUGUGAAGCAUUAUCAACAGAAGCAUCAUCGUAACCACCACCACCAUCAUCAUGAUGAUGAUGUGGAUAAGCAGCAGCAGCAGCAGAAUACGGCGCAUAAUACUGUGAAGGAAAAGAAGGAAAACGCUCCGUCCAAUGUUGCUGUUCCUACUUCAUCACCAUCGUCGUCAUCGUCGUCGUCUGUCGGGGAUUCUUCCUCUGAGUCCACUACUGCGGCUCUGUAUGAACCCCAGCAUGGAUACUACGAGGUUGCCGCAGCUAUGGUGGACCUCUUUAGUAAGUGUC